AUGGUGGCACUCAUCCCUAUCGCCGGCGGCAUCUCUGCGUUCGGCAGCCGGUUUGUAGACGACGGCCUCGGGUUCGCGCUGGGGUUUUGCUACUGGUUUUCGCUCGCGGUUGCGAUUCCGACACAAGUGUCGUCGGCGGCCAUGCUGCUCACAUAUUUUGCGCCGUUCGAUCCUUGGAAGCUAGCACCGGCGGUUAUGGUCGUGUGCUUUUUGUUUGUGAUUAUUUUCAUCAAUUCGAUGCGGGUGCAGAUCUAUGGAGAGAUUGAGUAUGUGUUUGGGCAAAUUAAGCUUUCGUUGCUGUUGGGGUUGAUCAUCUUCAUGUUUACUCUGAACCGGGGACAUAUCUCGCCUGAGACAGGCAAGACCACAGUAUUUCCCGUUGAUUUUGCUUACUGGGAUGCAUCAAGAGGCGAUUUGUACGGCCCGUUCCGUCCAUACUUUGAAGUGACCGAGCAAGACCAUAUCGAGGGUUCGACCGGUCGUUUUCUGAUGGUGUGGACGGCGGUGGUACAGUCGGUAUACAGUUUUUCAGGGACCGAGCUGGUCGCGUUGACGGCCGGAGAAGCCAAGCACCCACGACGAGCGCUUCCACGAGCGACGCUGCGGAUCUUUUUCCGAAUCUUCACGCUGUACAUGCUAGGAGUGUUUGCGGUUGGAUUGAACGUCGCGGCCGGGAACCAGUCACUGCCAGGGUUUUUUACGCCGUGGUCAAAGUACUCGACACAGAAAGUGAGCUGGACGAUGACGACGACGUCGGACGGCAAUUGCCAGGUGGGGUCGAUCAGCAUGCAGGGCUACUCGUCGUCGAACUCGUCGCCGUGGAUCAUAGCGAUGCAGAACGCAGGGCUGUGUGUGGGAGCGUCGGUGGUGACGUGCUUGUUUGUGUUUUGCGCCUGGAGUGCGGGUAAUUCGUACCUGUACGCGUCCAGUCGGACGUUGUACGCGAUGGCGAUCCAGGGCAAGGCGCCGCGGUACUUUGGGCUGUGUACGAAGGGUGGGCUGCCGUACGUGUCGGUUGUGUUUACGUUUGCGAUUGCGAUGGUUGUGUUUUUGGUGUCGUUUCCAAACUCGACGACGAUCACGGUUUAUUACUGGAUCCGCAGGCUGACGUCGAUUCCGGGAACGCUGGUGUGGGCUGGCAUAUGCCUGAGCUAUAUCCGGUUCUACUACGGGCUGAAGCUGCGGCCGGAUAUUGUGCAGCGGGAUAUGAAGGCGUAUCCGUACCGAUCGCCGUUCCAGCCAUACACGGCGUACUUUGGGCUGAUAGGGUGCAUCCUGCUGGUAAUUUUCAACGACAUGACGAUCUUUGUGAAGUUUGAGUGGCAGUACUUUAUCGCCAGUUAUGUGUCGCUUCUGCUGUUUCUGAUUUGUUUUGUCGGAUACAAGCUAUGGCGACGGACGCGGCUGGUCCCGCUCGCGCGGAUGGAUCUCGAUCUCGGACGACGGGAGAUGGAUCUAUACGAGGCCGAGACGGCUGCCGAGAUGAGGAUGAUGGAGAAAGGGAUUUGGGGGAAAGGAAAACGCACGUGGCGGUGGAUCAAGGCGAUUGUAAUAUAA